UCCUGUUACUGUGUCACGUGCCAGGGGUGCGAACGAAACAUGGCGGCGCGCGGCAGCGUGGAGGAGAUGCGGAGCCGCGUGAUACUUGGGGAGUUCGGGGUCCGCAACGUUCACACCACGGACUUUCCCGGCAACUACCCCGGGUACGACGACGCUUGGGACCAGGCCAAGUUCGAGAAGAAUUUCCGGGUGGACGUGAUCCACAUGGAUGAGAACACGCUGGAGUUCGACAUGGUGGGGAUCGACGCAGCCAUUGCCAAUGCCUUCCGGCGUAUCCUGCUCGCUGAGGUGCCGACGAUGGCUGUAGAGAAGGUCUUUGUGUACAACAACACGUCCAUCGUGCAGGAUGAGAUCCUGGCCCAUCGCUUGGGCCUCAUCCCCAUCCGAGCAGACCCACGCCUCUUUGAAUAUAAGAACCAAGGUGAUGAGGAAGGCACAGAAAUUGACACGCUGCAGUUCCAGCUGAAGAUCAAAUGCAGCCGGAACCCUCACUCAGCCAAGGAGUCAUCUGACCCUAAUGAGCUCUACAUUAAUCACAAAGUGUACAGCAAACACAUCACGUGGGUGCCCCUGGGAAAUCAAGCAGACCUGUUCCCAGAUGCAAAUUUGCAGCCUGUUCAUGAUGACAUCCUUAUUGCCCAGUUGCGGCCUGGCCAGGAAAUUGAUGUGCUCAUGCACUGUGUCAAAGGCAUAGGUAAAGACCAUGCCAAGUUUUCUCCAGUGGCCACAGCUAGUUACCGGCUGCUGCCUGACAUCACUCUGCUGCAGCCCAUCGAGGGGGAGGCAGCUGAGACGCUGAAGAAGUGCUUCUCCCCGGGAGUUAUUGAGAUUCAGAACAUCAAAGGGAAGAAGGUGGCAAGAGUGGCCAAUGCUCGGAUGGACACGUUUAGCCGAGAGAUCUUUCGUCAUGAUGAUCUGAAAAACCUUGUGCGCCUGGCACGAGUGCGAGAUCACUACAUCUUCUCAGUGGAGUCUACAGGUGUCCUGCCUCCAGAUGUGCUGGUGAGUGAAGCCAUCAAAGUGCUGAUAGGGAAAUGUCGACGGUUCCUGGAUGAGUUGGACUCCAACCACAUGGAGUGAGCAGUUCAGGACACCAUGUUUGAGAAGCAGAGACUGAUUCUAUGGGCCCGGGCUCUUUAUCUACAGGGAUUAUUUCCAGCCCAUAAGCCUAUGUAAACAGGAGGGGUACCUUCUGUUACCAAGCAAUGGGACCAUCCAUCACCUGUUCUCCAUACAGUAUGUAAGCAAGCAGGUGGCCACACUAGAAAUAAAGGUGUGCUGUUAACAGUUUCAGAACUGAUAGCACUUCCAGCUGUGUACAUGCACUAGCAGGAGCCUAGGAAAGUCUUAUGGCUCUUGUUUUCUAAUGGGUUUCAGCAGCUGCAGAGGAUGGCCAGUAAGGCACAGCAGGGGCUUGUACUGGCCAUGGGGCCUUACUGAAGGCCCCAGAUCUUCUAAAUGAAGCCCUGCUAAGGAGAAGAGCCAACUUCAAGCAAAGGCAGAUUGUGUGGAAUUGUUAAUAAAGUAGAGGCUGUUUUAAUUGUCAGACUUCAUUACAUAAAUUUAGCCUGGGGGUGGCUUGAUUUUCUAGGUAGGAAAGUGGAAAGAGGCACCACUCACUUCAUUAACAAUAAAAAUGCUAGGUUUCAGAGUAGCAGCCGUUAGUCUGUAUCCGCAAAAAGAACAGGAGUACUUGUGAUUUAGUCUCUAAGGUGCCACAAGUACUCCUGUUCUUUUUAAUAAAAAUGCUAGUGCUUUGAAAGCUGGGCUAUAGUGGUGAGAGGCUAAAAUGCCACUUGCCUUUUUUCCCUCCAGGGUAAGCAAUUGCUGUAUUUGCUACAGUGGUUAUUUGAUCACUAAAGGGAAGAGAGAUGCUAAGACCAGAGUUCAUCACAACUAAUGAAACUCAUAUGAGGGAAAGUAUACUCAAGUAAGGAUCACAGUGGACUAGGUGUGCGGCCCUGGUUCUGAGCUUGUUCACUAUACACAAGCAGCUUGCUUCUUAGUUGCAACUAAGUUGUUCUUUAUUUAUGGUCUUCAGUAGGUGACCAAAAAUAAAGGAAUAUCAGUCUCCCACCAUCAAAAAUAAGGCUGCCCAAUUUUUCCCAUGUAGGGAAAAAAAAACUUUAGGUGGUAUUUCAGAAGUCAGUAACUUACUGUUUCUAAAGUUAUCACAGUAGGAGCUUAAUACAGGGCAUCUGAUGAUGGCUGGAGCCCUGUACUUCCAUUUUUUAAAAAGGCUCUAGCCCUCUUCCUUGCAGAGAUGGACUCCAAACUGUAACCCAGUUGUUUAGCAAAAUAAUUAUCUGUGGAACAAAGUUUUCUAUCAAUAGUGAAGUCAAUCAGGCCAGCAGUUUGCAUACCAAAAGUGACCCUUUAGCUAUUGAAGGGAACAAGGGUGGGAGAGAUGGCUCCCCUCUCCCUUUGUUCUCCAGUCCCUGGUUGAGAGUGUUAAAGUGAGGAAAAUCCUAGGCAAAGUAUAAAAGCUGGAAGAAAGAGUGGGUCCAUGUAUGUAAUUUAAGCAUUUUACUAAACCUUAAAAGUUAGGGAGCAUCUCACAAAACAAGGCACUGACUCAAUCAUCACACCCUUCAUUCUGCCCCUCAGAGUAAAUGAACUGACAUCUAAACUGUAUAAUCCCACAGCUGCACAUGUUAAUAAAACUAGUACAAAAGCCAAA